GCCCUUAAGGCAACAGCUUUACCCCUGCUGAAGAAGUUUGGAAUUGAUGGUGAAAGUCUGGAAAUCAAGAUCAACCGGAGAGGAAUGCCUCCCAAAGGGGGUGGAGAGAUACUGUUUGCAUGUCCAGUGAGAAAGGUCUUGCAGCCUAUUCAGUUCACAGACCCUGGCAAAAUCAAGCGCAUCAGAGGGACUGCAUACUCUGUCAGAGUGUCACCACAGAUGGCAAACAGAAUGGUGGAAUCUGCAAGGAGCCUGCUGAAUAAAUUCCUCCCAGACAUUUAUAUCUACACGGAUCAUAUGAAGGCAGUCAGCUCUGGAAAAUCACCAGGUUUUGGCAUGUGCCUUACUGCAGAAACCAUUAAUGGCACUAUUCUCAGUGCUGAGCUAGCCUCAAAUCCUCAGGGCCAGGGAGCAGCUGUGCUUCCUGAGGAACUUGGACGGAAUUGUGCUAAGCUGUUGCUUGAGGAGAUCUACAGGGGAGGCUGUGUAGAUUCAACAAAUCAGAGCCUUGCUCUGCUCCUCAUGACCCUUGGACAACGGGAUGUUUCCAAAGUCCUGUUAGGACCUCUGUCUCCAUACACAAUUGAAUUUCUGCAACACCUGAGAAGCUUCUUCCACAUCAUGUUUAAAAUCGAAACAAAGACCCCUGAGGAAGAGCACAUGGGCGGGGAGAAGGUCUUAAUGACAUGUGUUGGCAUUGGAUUUUCCAACCUUAGCAAAACUAUAAGAUAAGAAACAUCUGCAGAUUUCAUAAAAUGUUGUGACAGAAAACGCUGCAAAGAUCUGAUGAAAGCUACCCUUCCCUGU